AUGUCGGACCCUAAUGCAACACUUAUAGAGUGUCGCGUCGAAUACGCCCUUGGAAGUGUCAUCAUUUUUGCGAGGUUCUUCACGAGAUGGAAGACAUUGGGAUGGCGAGGCUUUUACUGGGACGACUUUUUCGCGUUCUGGUCAUGGGUAUUCUUCACUCUCAUCUAUGUUAUGGUGGAGUAUCUCAGUAUAAUGGGUGCGCCUAUAGCCAUGUCUCAAGAACAGCGUGAAGCACUUCCGCCCGCAAUGCGAAAGUCGAUGCGAGAGGGCGCCAAGGCGAUGUUUGCCUCCUUUUACUUUUUAAUCUUUCUUGUCUGGAGUCUAAAAGGCUCUCUCAUAGUUCUCUUUCUUCGUUUGACGAGGAGCACUAGACUCUACUAUUAUGUACAGGCUGUAGGCGGUAUCUCAGUUGCUUGCUGUAUAGCCGCUAUCAUAACACAGACAACACACUGCUUGCCUCUGAAGAGGAAUUGGCAGAUUCUUCCUGAUCCAGGCAAGGAGUGCUCGGCCGGCAUUGUGAUUAACAUCGUCAUUGCAGUCGGAAAUGUUUUGGUGGAUGCUCUGCUCCUCGUCGUUCCUUUAUGGAUGCUAAAGGAUGCGAAGAUCAGCUUGUGGCGAAAGAUUCGGGUCAUCUUCCUCUUGUCUCUCGGUCUCUUCGUCAUGGGUAUGGCUAUCGCUCGCUGCAUUCUAUCUAUUGGCACUUCCGUUCAAGUGGCUCUCUCCUCAGUAUGGGCACAGCGUGAAGCCAUCGUAUCUAUCUUCGCAGUGAACGCACCCGUCAUCAACAGCCUCUUCAGAGCGGAAACCUGGGCAACAAGACACUCCUCGGGCGGCUACGUAUCAAAAGACUCCCACCGAUCGCGAACGAACACCAGCACAUUAGGAAAGAAGAAGAAGAGCGGUUUCGAGAUUUACAAAAUGACGGAUAUCGAGACUAAGAUGACGGACUUUGAGACAAGCAGCAAAGAAAGCACCACUGAGCUGUUCAAGGAGCCAAUGCUGUCUCCGGUACCUUCGCAAUGGAGGUGUUCGGCGCGAGGGACAAGCCAAGAUGGCAAUCCUGGACGCAUGGCUUAA